UUUGCUCUUUCUAUAUUUUUAUUUUUUUUAUUUUUUAUUUUUUAUUUUUUAUUUGUUAACGAAAAUAAUCAAACGCAAAUGACUAGCUGCUCAUGGCUAAGAACUCUCGAAGGUUUUUAUCAAAUCGGUCGUACGAUCGGUUACAACGGAACUAUUUGAAAAAAAAGAAAAUAACGCAAGUAUAACACGUGUAUAGAGAAGAUUAUACGUUUCGAAGGAGAUAAAGAUAGAAAAAAAAAGUUUCUUUCUUUUUUAUUUUUUUUUUGAAAUUAUUUUCAAACAAGAUAAGAAAGAAGAGAAGCAAGACGAAAGAAGAGGCAAGAAAACGCAGUCUUCUCGAAGUGUGAUUUUACACACACACACAUAAGUUAUUCUAUUAAUUUCGUGAUCAUCGAACUGUGAUAUUACCGACCAUACUUAUAUUAUAUAUGUAUAUAUAAGGUGAUAAUUUUUACGUAUUCACAUAUACUGUUCCUCGUUUGACUCUUUGUCUCUUCGCUGAGAAAAAUAGUUGACAAGUGAUCGCGCCUUAACGAAGAAAAGAAGAAGCAAAAGAAAUACCAACGUCAUGGCAGAACAAAUGUCAAAUUUAAACGAUGCUGAGAGGACGUCGUUGGUAGACUCAGCAUUACUACCAAAAACCCAAUUAUCCACGGAUGAUGGGAAAAUUAAUUCAGCGGCAAAUAGUACAAACAAUGACCCAGAAAGUGCGAGACCCAUUGACAAGGGUAGUGCCGUAAGGCAAGUUCUAGCAGCAUUGGUCGCUCAACUGGGAACAAUUAACACCGGAAUGACCUUUGGCUUCUCGGCCAUAGCACUUCCUCAACUCCAAGAAGCUAAUAGUACAAUUCCAAUUGUUCAAGGGUCGUCGGAAGAAUCUUGGAUAGCUAGCAUGUCGUCUAUUGGUACUCCAAUUGGUUGCUUAGCAUCAGGAUACAUGAUGGAUAUGUUUGGAAGAAAGAAAUCCUUAAUUAUCACUGAAAUUCCAGCAUUACUUGGUUGGAUAUUAAUCGCAUUUGCAACCGACAUUCACAUGAUUUAUGCUGGAAGAUUCUUUGUUGGACUUGGAUCUGGUAUGGUGGGUGCACCAGCUCGAGUUUAUGCUAGUGAAGUGACUCAACCACAUCUUAGAGGAAUGUUAACAGCCAUGUCGAGCGUUGGUGUUAGUACGGGUGUUCUGAUAGAAUAUGCUCUAGGAAGUGUCCUCCCGUGGAAUAUUUGCGCGGCCAUCAGCGGAAUUCUUCCGCUUGCUGCUUUACUGCUGAUGUUCAUAUUUCCAGAAACUCCAUCUUAUCUAAUAUCUCGAAAUAAACCGGAUAAAGCGAGAAAAGCUUUGCAACAAUUCCGUGAUAACAACUACAACAUUGAUCAAGAAAUGGAUACAUUGGAACAGUUCUCCAAUAAGAAUAAUCUCAAACGAUUAACUGGAUUCCGUGAAAUCGUUAGUGCACUUCUUAAACCUAAUGCUCUUAAACCAUAUGCUUUGCUCUUUUUAUAUUUUUUGAUUUACCAAUUUUCCGGUACGAACGUGAUAACAUUUUAUGCGGUUGAAAUUUUUAACGAUUCCGGAACAACGAUAAAUAAGUAUUUGGCUGCGGUCAUUUUGGGUAUAGUAAGAUUAGUUUCUACCAUAGUUGCUUGCAUCGCGUGUAGACGUUCCGGUAGAAGACCACUUACUAUGGUGUCAUCUGUGGGUUGUGGUUUAUCUAUGAUCGGAUUAGGUGGUUAUAUGUGGUUAAAGGAAUAUUGGGUAAUUAAUCACUUACCAUUUGUUGCUACCUGGAUACCAGUUCUUUGUAUAUUUACGUACACAAUCACAUGUACCCUCGGAUUCCUAGUCAUUCCUUGGAUAAUGAUCGGAGAAGUAUAUCCCGUACAAGUUCGAGGUAUUAUCGGCGGCUUAACAACAAUGACCGCUCAUAGUUUCAUUUUCGUAGUUGUAAAAACGUAUCCCUUCUUUGCAAGUGCACUCACGACGCAUGGUACUUUUAUUCUUUAUGGUUGUAUUUCAUUAUUCGGUACAAUAUACUUUUAUAUAUGUCUUCCCGAAACCAAAGGAAAAACUCUUCAAGAAAUAGAAGACUACUUCUCUGGAAGAAGUAAUAAUUUGUACACUGGAAGAACGCGUAAUAGCCCACAAGUAUUAGAAAUUAAAAAGGGCCAGAUUCUACCUUAAUGAUGCUGAUUAAUUUCGUUUUUUAAGAACAACGUUAACGCAUGUAAAGAUCCUACAAUUGAUAGAUCGUAUGGUGCUAAUUUGUAAUAUUUGAACUAUUACAUUUUCAGUUUUCAUUGCUCUUUUUUUCAUUUUUUAACAAAUUCUAAUAUUGCUAAUACAACUAACAAUAAGAGUUGACUUAUUGCUUAGUAUAAAGGUGCCUUAAAUUCGAACUGUGAUCCAUUUCGUUUUAUUUUGAUGAUCGAUUUUUCGAGAAAUUUAUUACAAUAAUUAAUACAAUCUUUCACAGCUUUUAUAAUAGAUAGUACGAUAUUUCAUUUUCAUAUAAAUUGUAUUUUCUAAAUUCUCAUUUGUUUUUAAUAUUUGAAUAGCC